AUGGCCGGCAAUGCCUCCCCCAACCCACAAUUCCUCGCGCCUCCGGCUGUAACAGCGCUGCGGCAGGAGGCUCGGAACAUCCACCCGAAGAUGGUUCGAACCUUGAGCGACGAUAUGCGAGAGGAACGGGAGGAUUUGAAGGAAGCGGCCGAACAGACAUUGAAUAUUAUUGUCGACAUGGACCUCGAGGGUCGGAUUAAAUGGGUCAGCCCAUCAUGGAAGCAGGUGGUCGGCUCGCCCCCACGAUCGGUCGAGGGCCACAUGAUCUCCGAGAUUCUUCUCGGAAACCGCGAUGUGUUCCGGGAUGCAAUCGGGUCUAUGCGGCAGGACGACUCACGAAGUCGUUUCAUUCGGUUCGCUGUGCAGAUGGGACCGGAUUCAGUGUUACGGUACUCGCCCGAACCUUCGCCUGAGGCUAUGAAGGGCCAACUCGACGAAAGGGAUGGGAGUGACAUACCCCGAGAAGAAAGCAACAAUGUGCUCAACAUGGAGGGACAGGGAAUCAUGGUCUAUGAUCGGACUGAUGAUGAAGCCGGCCACACUAUGUGGAUGUUGCGGCCACUGACGGAGCCGAGAGAAGUCACCAUCGACCUCCCGCCUCUGCUGGUGGAAUCCUUGGGUGUGGGAGCGGAGGUACUGGCAAACUACUUGACUGAACUAGCUGAGGCUGCCGCCACGGAGCCUGAUCCUUCCAAGCAUCCCGCACCGACACCCGUGCUCUGUCGCAUCUGUGAACGCCAAAUUACCCCAUGGUGGUUCGAGAAGCAUUCCGACCUGUGCCUCCAGGAACAUCGCGCCGAGAUGGAUGUCCAACUCGCCCAGGAAAACCUCAAUGAGCAUCGCCAUGCCAUCGUCAAGGUACUGGACGCACUCGAAGCUCGACAAGGCAGGCCCCUCGUCGGGACUGACGGUAAUCCGGCACUUCCUGCUCAGGCGGAGUACAAAGGACUCGCCAUCGGCCCCUCUCCGGCCGGCUCUGCCCCAUCUUCCGGGCCGGUCUCCAGCAGCAACUCUGCACCAGGCACGCCGCCUCGGUCGCGAGAGCAUUCCGCGUCUGGUGCCAUCCCAACUCGACCUCGCUCAUUUACUGUUCGCAGGCCAUUGGCAAGAAUCGUGGAACUUGUUCUCGACUUAUGCGACACCUCUCUGGAGAUAAGUAUGCCUGUGAUCAAGGAGACAUCUCGCACAGACGCAGAAGACUUUCGAACAUUGUCACCGCAAUCGGAGUCCCGCAUCUCCCAAGUCCUUCAAUGGCAGUCUCCCAGCGCCAACACCUUGGAGCAAGAACAGGGUUUAGCUGCAUUGUCAGCCGACACCGAGCAAGUUGCGAAGGCGAAGGUUGAUGCCGUGGUGCGUCACCGUAAGAUUGUUGAGUAUGCUGAACGAAUUCGAAUCGAGUAUACAGUACUGGUUGAAGAGUGCAUCGGGGCUGCGCUUAGCAAAGCGGAGCGCAUAGCUGCAGGCCAGCUUAGUGAUUCCUCCUGUUCAUCCGACGAGGAUUUAGCACCAGAGACCGUUCUCGAUGGCCAGACUGCCCCAUGUGACACAGGCAGCAAUACUGCAGAGGAAGAAUCUUCCUCGCCGGGAUUAAUCGAUGAAUUGCAAUCAAAGCCACAGCCAGCGGCACCCUCUCCACGAAGACUGACAUCUACACUGACCAUGUCAAUGCGAAACUCACCCGAUCGAUCAUUGCUGUCGCAAUCAGAACGUAGGCCCUCUUCGGCGGCGAUCUCAACCGGCUCCAACAGUCCCAUGGAAUGCCCCACCCCGCGAUCCCACAAAAGCGCUGCAGGGCUUCUGGGCACAUCUCAGCCCUCUCGACUGGCUCUAUCGCUGGCUGAGAUUGACGCUGGUGAGAGCAGUGACAGCAGCCUGCCAUCCUCAGCUUUCCCCGGUGGCAUGAGAACGGAUUCACCAUCAUCCGAAAGAAGCUUCGAUCGAAAGCGUCGGAGCUUGGUGCUCCCAGGGCUGUCAAGCUCUCCCCGCCGGCAGCAUUCUCCUGCCCGGGUUUCCGGUCCGCAUUCCCCACUACGCAUGCCGAAGCCUCGAUUAUCAAGCGGCGGUGAUAGCUUACCUUCCCCAAUAGUUUCUCCGUCUACCUACGCGAGUGAGUUGGCGCACCAUUGCAAGCACCACCGGCGGCAGUCUUCGGCUACAUCUUCAGAUGUCGCCAAACCACCGCCGUCUCCACGCCUACCUUCGGUUAGCCAGCAACAACCUCGCCCUGCCCCAUUGUCGAUCAGGGACUUUGAGAUCAUCAAGCCCAUCAGCAAAGGUGCCUUUGGCAGUGUGUAUUUGGUCAAAAAGAAAGCCACUGGUGAGUAUUACGCCAUGAAGGUUCUCAAAAAGGCCGAUAUGAUUGCCAAGAAUCAGGUUACCAACGUCAAGGCCGAGCGUGCUAUCAUGAUGUGGCAAGGAGAGAGUGACUUUGUUGCCAAGCUCUAUUGGACAUUCUCUAGUAAAGAGUAUCUUUAUCUGGUCAUGGAAUACCUCAACGGAGGAGAUUGUUCAUCGCUUGUCAAGGUUCUUGGUGGCCUCCCGGAAGAUUGGGCCAAGAAGUACAUCGCAGAGGUUGUUCUUGGUGUUGAACAUUUACACAACCGAGGAAUCGUCCACCGUGAUUUGAAGCCCGACAACCUCCUCAUUGAUCAAACUGGUCACCUGAAGUUGACAGACUUUGGUUUAUCUCGCAUGGGAUUGGUCGGCCGUCAGAAACGUGUGCUGAAAAACCCCGAUGAAUCUGCUCCCGAUCUUCUGAAGCAAGGUUCAUUCCCUCGCGCGAUCUCAAUCGCAUCCUCCCGGUCUGCUUCAUUCGAUUUCCAGGCCAGUUCUUCUCCUGGGUCGACCCCGCUUAUUACACCGGAUGUGUCUGCCAACGCCGUCCAGCCAUCAUACUUUAGUCUCAACCAGAGUGGGUUAAGCCGACAAAGCUCUCGUCGGGCUUCAGGAUACCGCAGUGAUAGCAUGGGAAGUGAUGGCCUCAACGGGAUGUUUAGAACAUUCUCGCUCAAUGACAGUUCCCAUGACCCUCCUAUAUCAUCGCCCAGCAUAUUUUCGACCAGCAUGGUCGAGGAAGAAAGUCAGAGUGAGGCCGGUGAAUCUCCGCGUCUUCAGCCGUUGCAGCCCACAUUUAGCAACCCUCAUGCCCAAAACACACCUCCUCAGCAGGGCAUGAUGCCUCCCGUGAUGGCUCUGUUCGAUCCCGAAGAUCAUGACCGCCGGUUCGUGGGUACACCCGAUUACUUGGCCCCAGAGACCAUCAACGGUAUCGGCCAAGAUGAGAUCAGUGACUGGUGGUCUUUAGGAUGUAUCAUGUUUGAGUUUAUCUUUGGGUACCCGCCAUUCAAUGCAGAUACACCGGAUGAAGUGUUCGAAAACAUUCUUCAUCGUCGCAUCAAUUGGCCCGAUGACCCCGAGGAGUUCACCUCCGCAGAAUCUUUGGAUCUCAUGAACAAACUCAUGACUCUAGACCCCCGUGAAAGGAUUGGAGCCAAUGUUGAAGAUAAAUAUCCCAACGGCGGUGCAGAGAUUUGCAGUCAUCCGUGGCUGUCCGACAUCAAUUGGGAUACUCUACUUGAGGACAAAGCCCAAUUUGUCCCCAAUCUUGAGAAUCCGGAGGACACAGAGUACUUUGACUCUCGUGGUGCCACUUUACAAUCCUUUGCCGAGGAAUUGGAAGAAGAAAACUCGCCCCAACCCUCUGCUGCGGCUGGUCCUGAUCGUCCUCAUGAUGCGCUUUUCAAGGUCCGAUCUCAGGUAAACUCGUCGAAACGGCCAUUGAUGCCGCUUCACAUCCCUCCCCAUGUCCGCGACGCUCGAGAUUCGCGAAGUCGCAGGCUCAGUGAGCCAGCCUUGGCCGACGAUUUUGGAAGUUUCAAUUUCAAAAACUUGCCAAUGUUGGAGAAGGCAAACAAAGAUGUCAUCCAAAAGAUGCGACAAGAGGCAAUGCAAGCACAGCAUCGACAGCCAAAUCCCUCGUCAGCCGUCCAAACCCCCGUCAGUUCCUCACAGCCAUCCUUGGAGGGAAGUCCACUUCCGAUGUCACUUCAGCGGACCUUGUCACAAAACAAGGGAAACAAUCGGCCUUCUUCCCCAUCGGGCCUCAGUCAAACGAAUUCAUCUCCCAGUAGGCCAUCUCAGCCAUCUUCACCCCUUCUGGUCCAGUUCAGUACCGGAAGCAAUCAAGAGCGGCGGAAGACUUCUGGCUCCUCGUCAGCAUCUCACCAAUCAAGUGGCACCUUCCAGCCUUCCUCUGCUGACCAAGGUCGUAUGCCUAACUUGAGACUUGGCUCAGUCGCAUCGUCUCCUGUCAAACCCAACCGAAUCCCGGCUCACAGCCCCGAGAAAGUGACCCACAAUCAAAGACAUGGAAGCGUACCAGCGAGUCGCGCUCGUUCUCACACGAUUGGCUCGCAGGAUGGGGACAAUUCGUCAUUCUCCAAGGAGCCGUUUGUACCACACCACCACAAACGAAGGAGUCAACUCUUUGAUAUCUCACCUUCAUCAUCCGACAAUGAGGAUCCGCGCACCAAAGCGCUCUUAAAGGUCCAGCGCCGCAGACAGAGCUCCAGGCGGCUAUCGCAAAUCAAUAUCAUGGAAGGGCCUUACUUCCGUCCACUGGACGUUCUCAUUUGCGAGGACCACCCUGUUUCGCGACUAGUCAUGGAACGCCUGUUUGAGAAACUCAGAUGUCGUACCAUUACAGUUACAAACGGUGCGGAAGCCGUCCGGUUCGCUUUGAGUGAGGUGAAGUUUGAUAUCAUCAUGACUGAAUAUCGCUUGCCUCAAGUCAAUGGUGUUGACUUUGCUCGAAUGGUGCGAGAGACACGCAGUGCUAACCGGCACACUCCCAUCAUCGCUGUGACGGGCUACUUGAAAGAUCUACCAGAGAAUCACAACUUUGAUUCCCUGAUCCAAAAGCCUCCGACUUUGCCCAAAUUGACUGAAGCGCUAUCCAAAUUUUGCAUGUGGAAGGCUCCUCCGUCGGACUACAACCCUUCGCCUGUGCCCGUCCCGGUCUUUACUCCUCAGUCCAAUGGCCCGACUACUGAGGAGAGCCCCAGCUCUGCUUCUUCCGGAUUUGUACUGAACCCACCAAGCUCGUAUCGCGGUUCCAGUCGGGAUGAUUCGCUGAGUAGUAGCGUGUUUGGUGAAAUGGAGGCAUUCAAACCCGAGGAGGUUCCCGUGAUUAUCAACCGUGGCUCAGAUGAGUGGGACCAAAACCAGGGUGGGCUGGGGAUUUCAGAGGAACCCGCUGCCUACCCCAGUAGCCCCGAUGCUCAUGCCCCUCCUGUCCCUCACCUUCUGCAUACUUCCUCGGCACCCGCAGCCAUGGACCCAACUGGCGGACUCACACCCCGCAAGCAACGGUCCAGUGAAGGGAUCCGUGCUAAAAGAGAAUCUCUCGAGAAGAAGCGCUAUGAGGGUGCCGAAUCUGGCGACGAUGAGGACGAAGAGCUAGGGAACUCCCAAGCGCGUCGUAGCCCCCCAUCUCGAAGCCGCCGCCCCGGCUCCAAAUUGGGCAUCGAGAUGAUGCGAACCAAUAGCCGAGGCAGUGUCGUCAGUGGGAGUGAGGAACUCUUGAAGAAGGAGAGAGAGGCCCUGAGAAACCUUGGCGCACCGUCGGUUGACAAUGAAGACAGCGAGGGGUCUUUGGGCUCACCCGCGAGCACAAGCAUUGAGGAUCGGUUUGAGGCUCUGAGCAUCCCCGAAGAAUCGGAGGGUGACGAAUCACUCGGCCCUCGAGAUUCUCCUCCCAGGUCCAGUGGUCCUUUUGACCCCCACCGGCCCUCUCUCGCGCACCAGGAUACCUCGAUUUACUCGGGAGCUCCCGACCAUCGCCCGGCUCAGACUGGUUCCACGACUUCAAGUCGCGGGCAAACCACUCCUCCUUGGGACUUGGGCCAGCGCACCACCCUUCGUCUCCCUGCCCCUAUCACCCCAGAAGUCAAAAUCUCGGGCACUUCGUUGGCCCCUGACCCUGAUUCUGGCGAUUCUGGCGUCGACGCCGACUGCAGUCCUACCCCCGACUCCGAGGCCACGCCGCGACCUCUUCAUCCCUCCCCCGAUCCGGAGGAGACCCCACGUCCGUCAGAACGUCAUCGAUCGGACCUGAGCCUUGCGUGCCAACGGUAA